AUGACGCCUUUCCAACAACAAGCCAAUGCAUCUCCCUCUAUUGCCCUCGAAAGGGGUGCGUAUAGAAUGCGUGCGCCAAGUACCCGAACACGAUCAUCGCAGGAGACGACGACGAGGCCACCACCCCCGACUUCGAUUCGUCAAGGCCAUAUGCAUGCAAACGUCAACGUCGUCCUUCUUCUCGGUUUGGUCGCCUUUGCCUGCAUCAUUUGCUUUGGAACCGCGUAUUAUCUCUUCUCUACCAGUCAUCGUACAACAUUUUGA